AUGGAUUUGACAUGCCAAACACCUAGUCGCACCGUACGUAGCCGUCGUGCGAGUCGAGAUGCUGACAAUGAUAUGGAAUUCAGGAAGAUAGUGGAUCAUUUCGAUGAAAUCUUCUGGGAAAUAAAUCAAGGAUACGCUGUUGAUUUCUUGCCCUGGUUGGCUCCAUUCUACAAGAAGCACAUGGAGAAGUUAUCGAACUGGUCACAUGAUAUCCGCUCUUUCAUCUUAUCCAGGAUUGUAGAUCAAAGGGAGAAUCAUUUAGACAUGGAGGGACCUGAGAAGGACUUCCUCGACGGUCUCUUAAGAGUACUCCAUGACGAUCCGACCGUUGAUAGAAAUACAAUUAUAUUCAUGCUCGAGGACUUUCUUGGUGGACAUUCUUCCGUGGGUAAUUUGGUGAUGCUCUGUUUAGCUGCUGUCGCCAGAGAUCCGGAUGUAGCUAAGAAGAUAAAAGCGGAAAUAGAUGGAUUAACUAAAGGCAAACGUGCAGUGACGUUAGCUGAUAGAAGUUUAUUGCCAUAUACAGAAGCAACGAUCCUGGAAUGUUUGAGAUAUGCCUCAUCCCCCAUCGUUCCUCACGUGGCCACAGAAAACGCUAACAUAUCUGGAUACGGCGUCGAGAAAGGAACGGUCGUCUUCAUAAACAACUACGAAUUGAACACAUCAAAUAAAUACUGGGACGAACCGCAUAAAUUCGAUCCGUCUAGAUUCUUGGAACGCACUAAAGUACGAACUAGGAGAAAUUCUCAGUGUGAUUCAGGCAUGGAGUCAGAUAGCGAGAGAAUUGGUCCAAUCAAUAAGGCUACAGAAGUUAAAAAGGAAGUUGUUACCGUUAAGAAGAACAUACCACACUUCUUGCCGUUCAGCAUUGGUAAGAGGACGUGUAUUGGUCAAACGUUGGUCACCACUAUGAGCUUCGUCAUGUUCGCAAACAUCGUCCAGGAGUUUGACGUAGCAGCUGUCAAUAAAGAUGAUCUGAUACAGAAACCAGCUUGUGUUGCCUUACCGAAAGAUACUUUUGAACUUUACCUCUUGCCAAGAAAAUAUUAAACUCAUAUUAAUUUAGAUAAACCUCCUUAUUUAUUCUAUGUGAAUUGAAUUUAGUUUUUCAUUAUCUGUUUCAAUU